GAUGUAGAAGAGUCUAUGUCAAUGCUCCGCGACCGGGAUCAAAUUGUUCAGUUGACCGCUGACAAUCGUUCUCGUCUCCUUGAUGUUCUUGAGCAUGUGGCAUCGAAAACACAGUUGGAUAAAGCGAUUGUGCGCACACUCACAACAGCUGAUCUUAUCUCCGCCGGUGGCGUGGACCGUUGCGCAGCUGCAGCACACCAGCUAGAUGCUAUAAUGGGGAUCAAGCCGCUGGAAGGCUGA